ACGUGACUUUAUUAUUUCCCGCCAGUGCGAACAGAGAGGAAAUGGGGGCGAGAGAGAGAGAGAUGGAGAAGGGUUUGGUCUCGAUCGAUCGAUGGGGAGACGGGAGCCAAGCCUACUUCCUCACUCACCUCCACACCGACCAUACCAGUGGCCUCUCCUCCAAGUGGUCCAGAGGAACCCUCUUCUGCUCUGCAACCUCCGCCGAGCUUCUCUCUACCAAGUUUCCGGACUUCGAUCUUUCGCUGAUUAGGGUUCUUGAGGUCGGUGUCACUCAACUCGUGCUUCUCCGCUCACCGUCAUCCGGAUCGGAGGUCCGCCUCCUUGUAACUCCUAUUGAUGCGCACCAUUGCCCUGGUUGGGCAGGUGCUGUAAUGUACUUGUUUCGAGGUGAAUUUGGAUGUGUGCUGCACACCGGAGAUUUUCGGUGGGAGAUUAUGAAUGAAAGGGCAGUGAUGGCUAAGAAAACGUUUAUGGAUGCGCUCGAAGGGAGUAAAAUUGAUAUUCUUUAUUUGGAUAACACUUAUUGCCAUCCUUCAUUUUCAUUCCCCACAAGGGAGGUGGCUUCCCAGCAGGUAAUUGAUAUUAUCAAUUCAAAUCCAGAUCAUGAAGUAAUUAUUGGAAUUGAUACACUUGGAAAAGAAGACCUAUUGCUUCAUAUUUCACAAGCUCUUGGCAUGAAGAUUUGGGUAUGGCCAGAGCGCUUGAAGACCAUGCACCUUCUUAAACUCAACAGCAAUUUCACCACAAAUACCAGCCUUACAAGAGUAAGAGCCGUUCCUCGCUACAGCCUCACCCAUGAAACCCUCUCAUCCCUCAACACCUUCCAUCCCACCAUCGGAAUCUUACCUUCAGGACUACCAUGGCGCUCUAAAUUCCUCGAAAAAACUCCUGCAGCGGUGGCUGCGGCUACGAAUCUAAAUGAUAAGACACCUCUCACAAAACUACAUCAAUAUGCCUUUUCUGUUCAAUAUUCUGAUCACUCCUGCUUCAGUGAAAUACAAGAGUUUAUCAGAACUUUUCGCCCCUCGAAAGCUGCUGGAUUGGUUUCUUCUUCCUCUUACUGCAUCAAUCCUCGAUACUAUUUUAGUCAUCUUUAUGAAAAUCAUCAUAUUAGAGAUGUUUCAUGCAAGGAUUUUAGGAGUAAAUUAGAUAGAAAAUUUGAAUAUGAGCAAAGAGAUAAUUUCGUUUGUAAGAGAGAGAAAUUAAGUAGUCUGGGAGGAAGAGUGGGUGCUAUCAGGAAAGGAAAGCUUGGUGCUAAAAUAGCUGAGGGCGAGGAAUCUGAACAUCUGAUUCUUUGAUUUGCGUCGUAACAUCUUAAUCGACAUUCGAAUUUAUGGUAUUCAGUAUCUUUUAGAAUAUUUUUUUUUUAAUUUUAUGAGUGUUUAAU